CACUGUGAUGACGCUUUCACCGUUCGGCUUGUUUAUCUUCUUCGACAUGAAUGCUAGUCGUCAUUGCUUAAUUUGAUCGAAUUCUCAUUAAGCGGUUACAUUUCCGAGUAAUUUAUUGUGUUAUUGGUGUGUUUAUAGUGUUUUUGAGACACACUAUAUGACUGAUUACGAGUGUUUUAGGGUUUGUUUUAGGAGUUUUUUUGGCCUGAGCUUAGAGACUCGUUUUAUUUCACAUUUCGCGCAUUUAAUCUUUUUUUCUUUUGAGUUUAGUGUGUUUAUUAAUAUUCCAUUAAAAAAACAAUGGCUGUUGUCAACGAAGGAGCUCUUAAAAAGAUGCUGAAGCAAUACAAAUACAGAGAUCUCACUGUGCGAGAGAUAACAAAUGUCAUCUCUCAAUACAAAGACCUCAAACCUGUUAUGGAUGCAUAUGUGUUUAAUGAUGGAUCCUCCAGAGACUUGAUGAGCCUCACAGGAACUGUACCAGUUAGUUAUAGAGGGAAUGUAUACAAUAUUCCUGUGUGCUUGUGGCUUUUGGACACAUAUCCCUACAAUCCUCCUAUAUGCUUUGUAAAGCCCACCAGUGCGAUGAUGAUUAAGACGGGGAAACACAUUGACGCCAAUGGCAAGAUCUACCUGCCGUACUUGCAUGAGUGGAAACAUCCUCAGUCAGAUUUAUAUGGGCUUAUCCAGGUCAUGAUUGUUGUUUUUGGUGAAGAGCCACCUGUUUUCUCCAGACCCACCACACAACCUCCAUACCAGGCUUUCCAAGCGACUGGACCUCCUAACCAGUCUUAUAUGCCAGGCAUGCCAGCAGUAUCUCCCUACGGGCCCAACCAAAACCCAUGUGGUUACCCAGGUUACCCUUACCCAGGAGGGAAUGCUUAUCCUGCCACAGGUGGCCCAUCACAUUAUACUUCCCAGACUCCAGUCACUACCGUGGGUCCAAGUCGUGAUGGCACCAUCGGUGAGGACACCAUUCGAGCAUCACUAAUCUCAGCUGUGAGUGACAAACUACGCUGGAGAAUGAAGGAGGAGAUGGACAGAGCACAGGCCGAACUGGAUGCCCUAAAGAGGACAGAGGAGGACCUGAAGAAAGGACAUCAGAAGCUUGAAGACAUGGUGUCCCGCCUGGACCAGGAAGUGGCUGAAGUGGACAAAAACAUUGAGCUCCUCAAGAAGAAGGACGAGGAACUGAGUGAAGCUCUGGAGAAGAUGGAGAACCAGUCAGAAAACAAUGACAUUGAUGAUGUGAUCAUACCAACAGCCCCGCUCUACAAACAGAUCCUGAACCUGUACGCAGAGGAGAAUGCAAUAGAGGACACCAUAUUUUACCUUGGAGAAGCCUUACGUAGAGGAGUCAUUGAUCUGGAGGUCUUUCUCAAGCAUGUACGCCUACUGUCCCGAAAACAGUUUCAGUUGCGAGCGCUCAUGCAGAAAGCACGGAAGACUGCUGGACUUAGUGAUCUUUACUGACCCUGUCACCACCAAUGCACUCUCCCCCAAUACUCCAGCUCUAAUCAUAAGACCCAGACUCUCUUCUAAUCACUUUGUGGCAUGUCAGUGGACGUUCACCAGUUUAUCAUAUUUUACUUCUCUGAGAAUUUUCGAUGCUGCACCUGUCUGAUUUUAAUCUCUUGAUUUUGAAAAGGUCAAAUGAAAAUCGGGUAGUGUUUGAGUAGACCUGAACAUUAGAAGUCAAUGGGAUAUCAUGUUCCUUUCAUUUGAGCUUCUAAUGUUACACUGGUAGGUAUUUUGGGUUUAGAUGCUACUGCUAUUGACUGUACAGGUUGAUAAUAUUUCAAUUCAAAGUUAACAGGAAAUGUAUGAGAUCAGGCAAUGUUACAGAUUAUUGUCAAACUCAAUAACUGUGAAUCUCACAAGGAAAUUCACCCCAAUUAAAAAUAGAAGAACUGUUAAGAUUGUUUUUAUUUUUGCAUUGUGACAUUAUCAUGUACAAUUAGAUAAUUUUUAACUUCCAAAAUGUUUAUUACAGUAUUACAGAAAUAAAAAUGUUAACAUUUGGGAUGUUUUCCCUCAAAUAAAAUCUUUUACAUUUAGAGAAACAAAUAAGACAAUAUGUAUUUUACAAUAAUAAAUUAGAUUUCCAGGGUACAAUCUCACAAUGCAAAAAUCAGUCUAAAAUGUGCAUAAUUUUUUUUUACGCAAAAUAUAAUUUAUUACUUUGGAAUUUGGGGUGAAAUAUAAUAGUUAUGACGUAUAGUUCUAUAUUUCAAUUUCAUUAUAUUAAAUUUUAAGUUGAGCUAUUUAUCUCAUUGCAAUUGGGAAUUAUUUUGCAUUUCAUAUUCGUUGUUUUAACUGUGUAUAUAAAGGAUAGAUUGUUACUAAUAAUUUGUUAUGUAAAAACUUGAGCUGUAAACUGUUGUACUGUACUUUAAAACUGUGGACUUUUUAUUUUUCCAAAAGUAAACAAAAAGAUUUUCUUUUAGGCUGUUUUUGUUACCUGCUCCAUUUCAGUUAGUUAUUUAAAUGCACCUUUGAGAUGUGAAUUACAUUUAAUACUUGAUUUGAUGUUUCUUAGACUUUGCCCCUAAUAUUUGUUCCAGACUGUAGGUUAUUGUGUCGACAAAACAGAUCAAUAAAGUAACGUUAUCUUUA